CCGUCGAAGAUAGGGAGGUGCAAGUGUUAAGCUCGCGUAUGUGUGCUCCAAGUGCUGCGAUCGAUUUGUAACUUUGACGGCUGUGAAAUGAGACACCUCUAGGACAGUUUUCAUGUUGUGGACGUUGUACCGUUACCUCAAGAUGCAGGAAAUUGAGUGUUCUAACAAAAGCGACAGCGAGAUGGCCUACCUGACCAAAUACGACAGUCCUAUGUCCUCCAGGUCUGCCACCCCUGAAAAACCCGAAGUUCAAGACUGUUCCAAAUACGCGUCGGACGAUGAGAUCAGUGUUGGAUGUCCAAGUCCUAUAAACAACUCUUCCUCCCACUUCAACGAAACCGACAACGAAGACAGAAGUCCGAAGGACUGCAGGUGUCCAGAACCCGAGUCCGAGGACUACUUCAAACCCUUGAAGAAGCUGAAAAUGGCACAGCCAGACCGGCAGAUCUCUCCUACCAUGGAAGUUGAUGAACACUCAAACAGUGGCGUUAAAAGUUUCUCUAUAAUGGACAUUCUGAACCACAAACCGGCCAAAACGGCGCCGACGAGGAUAGUGCGCCCCUGGGAUAUAGAUCCCGACCUCGACGCCCAACAGCGUCUAGACGCCUUCCACAGACACUUGACGGUGCAGAAGUUGGCGCUCUUAAGACCGGAAUUCGCGAGUUACGCGAGCGAAACCGCGAGCGACAGAUCGUCUAGUGUGGCGAGCGAUUGUUGUUCGCCUGACAUUGUUUCGCCGACGGUGCAGAGGCCUAGGCCGCAAGGGAAGCAACCUGGUGCUACGCCACUGGACGCCUUGUUCCAGAUGACGUCCAAGACGUUUGAUUCCAGUCAAGGGGAGAGUAGCGCAGAUGGCCAGAACCACCUUAACCUCUUCAACAACAGACAGCAACCAAAGAAGAAGAGAAAAUCUAGGACAGCCUUCACAAACCACCAAAUUUUCGAGCUCGAGAAAAGAUUCCUGUACCAAAAAUAUCUCAGUCCGGCCGACAGGGACGAAAUAGCGUCUAGUCUCGGCCUAACCAACGCUCAGGUCAUAACUUGGUUCCAAAACCGUAGGGCCAAACUGAAGAGAGACAUGGAGGAGUUGAAGAAAGACGUUGAGAGCGCCAAGUUGUUGUCCGCGCAUAAAAGUUUUUUGGAAAACGUUCAGGAUUUGGGCAUUUUGAAGAAAAAAGCUGUAAUAUGCGAGGAAGACUGUCCGAAAAAUUUGGUUGUGUCUCCCGGUAAAUGAAGAUGCAGAUGUGCGAAAGUGUCGAAGACUUUCUUGAGUGCUCACAAACCAGUGAUAACUGUAGUAUAAAUUGUAAGUGUCUUGUGGAACUCUAAAAAGAUUGUAGAAAUCUCACAAACGUACUCAAAACCUUUGUACAAAUUGUAAAAAGCUAAUUUUAAGGUUGAAUUGGAGAUCGAUGUAUUUAUAACACUUGUAUUAUAUUAUUGAAUUGUAGGCAAUAUUUAUUUUUCGUCUAUCGACGGGUCAUUGCAAUAUUUUUCUUGAUAGCUGAAGAGCUUAACAAUUUACAAGAUUUGUCGUUAUAGUCAUUGUCGAAGUAAAAGUCUAUAUGAAAA